AUGGUUUUGUCGAACAAAAAGUUGAAGCAGAAAUUUAGAGAAAAGUUAGCCGAAUCGUUGAUUUCAUCAAUCGCCGGAAGAGUCUCUAACGGUGAUGUUUCCGGUGAACCGGAGUCGGAUUCUCGGCCACAGUCGCUCAAAGAGCUUUUAGGGGGCACUGGUCGUCAUGGAACCAGAUUGUCCAAGCGAGAGAAACGUAGAGAAUCGUUUAUUUCGACAGCUUCGGAUGGGAAGAACGAUGAGGAGAAGAAGGAAGGUGAGAAUCAGAGAUUGGGAGAGAGGAAGGGAGAGAAAAAGAGGAAGAGAAACGAAGAGGUGAAGGAGAAGAGUGCGGUUGAUGGGUUGGAAGAGGAUGAUGAGAAGGCCAAGAAGUUGAAGAAGAAUAAGAUGAAUAAGAAGAAGAAGAAGAAGCAGAAGAAGCAGAAGAAGCAGAAGAGUAACGAGAAGGCAAAAAAUAGUGAGGAGGAAAAGGAGAAGCAGGGAGGUGAAGAUGGGAAUGAAGUGUUAGGGCAAGUUGAAGAAACUCAUGAUAAUAUAGGCAGUCAAGUAAAUGAAAAUGUGGCUACAAAAGUGUAUGUUGGAGGCAUUCCAUAUUAUUCAACCGAGGACGAUAUCUGUAGCUUUUUCGAAAGCUGUGGCACUAUUACCGAAGUUGAUUGUAUGAUGUUUCCAGAGAGUGGGAAGUUCAGAGGCAUUGCAAUAUUAAGUUUCAAGACAGAAGCUGCAGCUAAACGAGCACUAGCCAUGGAUGGAGCUGACAUGGGCGGACUAUUUCUUAAAGUACAGCCUUACAAGGGAACUCGAUCGAAUAAAGCAGUUGAUUUUUCUCCUGGUAUUGUGGAAGGUUACAACAGAAUCUAUCUCGGCAAUCUAUCAUGGGAUGUAACUGAGGAUGAUCUGAAGAAACUCUUUGCCAGCUGUAAAAUUGCGUCGAUACGUUUUGGCAUGGACAAGGAAACAGGGGAGUUUCGUGGCUAUGCUCAUGUUGAUUUCUCUGAUAGCGUUUCAUUAAAAACGGCUUUGAAGUUAGAUCAGGAGACAAUUCAUGGCAGACCCGUCAAGAUACGAUGUGCAGUUCCGAAGCAAGGAACAGCAAGAGGAGGAGGAGCAGCAGCAGCACCACCACCACCACCGGCAUUUACAACAGCAGCAGCAACACCACCACCACCACCACCUCCGGCACCAACACUGGCAGCGGCAGAAACACUUCCAAAACCUGUCCCUGAAAUGGCAGUAGCUGAUAGUGGAUUGAGCACUGUAAGUGGUAAGAUUAGAAGAAGAACAUGCUAUGAAUGUGGUGAAAAAGGCCAUCUUUCUUCCAACUGUCCAACAAAACAGGUUGCAGAUUCAGUCGCAAGUUGAAAUGAAAGGCUUCUCUUUGUUUCAUGUAGGCAGCAAAUUAGACUGUUGUGAUUUUCCUAUUACAGAUACGUUAAUAUACUCUCUCUUAUGACUGCAAAUUGUCGUGGCUUCAUCUCCCGGUAUUUUCAUCACUUAGAAAGUCAUUUUAAAC